UUAUUUCAUUGGCGAUUAAUAAUCAUUUCCUAUUAUUUUCCUAUCAUUUUAUUAAAGAAGUAAUGAAAAACGACAAUUAGAUUGUCAAUUUAACGAGAUUCCAUUUUUUGGAGAUGCCGAGAUUUGAACUCGGGACCAUAGGGGUAGGAGAAAACCCCCGUAUCCACUAGACUGACAACGAGUUGGCAAAAUUUCAAAGAUUCGAAUAGCAAUGGGCAUGAAUUACUUUCAGGAAUCAAUUUUUUUUAAAUAAUGAAUAUGUGGCAAUAAGGCAAAAGUUUUCUUCAUCUGUUACCGUGUUAAUUUGCAAUCAUUCACCCGUGAUGUUUCGUGAAAAUCCAAACAAAAAACUCUCCUUUGCGGAGAGGGGAGCUAUUGUUGCGUUGACGAAUUCUGUUUUGGGUGUGAGAGAAAUUGCAAGGCAAUUAGGCAUAUCUCCAGCCACAGUCGGACUUUGGCAAUUCCGUUUUCUUGAAACGGGAGACAUUUUGCGACGAGAAGGAUCGGGCAGACCAAGAGUUACCACUCCACUCCAAGAUCUGCGAUUGUUACGUGUGGUUCUAAACAAACCUAUCACGAAAUCAAAGGAAAUUGCCGAUACUGCCGAUGUCGAUGUCUCUCGUCAGACAAUUGUUCGACGAUUGAAAGCCGUCAAUCGAAUUCCGAGGAGAGCUGUGCGAAAAUUCUUUCUUUCUCCUCAACACAUUGAAGAUCGAUUUGAGUUUGCUACUCUUCAUGCUUAUCGUGAUGCUCAGUGGUGGCGAUCUGUUAUUUUCAGAGAAGAAAACACAUUUGGAUCUGACGAAUGUGGCAGAGUUUUUGUUCACCGCCCCAACGGCACUAGAUUUGAAAAAGACCACGUUCAAAUUUAUGACCGUAGCUGGAGAAAGACUGUGCCAGUAUGUGGCUGUUUUUCGGCUGAGGGGUCUGGGCCCUUGAUUCAGAUUCACGGCAGAUUUACCGGGCAGCAAUAUGUUGAAAUUCUUGAAAAUCAUCUCCUCUCAUGGGCAAUAGAAAGGUUUUUGUACAUCACUUUGCUACACCUGUAAAAAACCAGGUCACUAUCAUCGUCAGUGUUCAGACAGACCCAAAUGCAAC